AUGUACGUGAACAUCUACUACGAGGCUAGCGACUGCCACCUGAGCGACUACGACCUUCUGCAAGGCAUGUUGUUGUGCCUCGAGGAACACGAAGCCAGUCUUACACACGACCCCGAAGACGAAGAAAUCGAGAACUGUUUUUCUUUCCGGGUUCCAGGAUCUACACAGUCGCAGGUUUACCUUAAUGCGAUUAACAGGGUGUUGUCGUGGAUUCGGCACGUGGAUACUCGUGGACUCCCGUUUCAUCGCGAGGAUGUCUUUCAAAGUGGGCUGGGGUUGAAUUUUAUGGCGCCACAGUAA